AUGAAAAUUUUCCUGGAGGUUCUAAUAGACAGCAUCGAUUGUAGAUAUGAAAAUUUUUAUGUUCCUGUGAUGACAAAAGAAGUUGCUAACCUACAAGGGGCGGUUGGCACUAUAAUUCCAUGGCCCCGGAUUGCAAUUAUUCUCGUAAAGGAACAAAGAACUAAGAAACAAAUUCCAACCACAAGUUUGGUGCCAACAAAUGCAAGGGCUGGUACAAACAAGAACAUACCCAACCAAACAGCCAGCAUGGCAAGGCCGAUUGAAUAUCUUCGUGAUUGCUUGAAGACCAACCCAGUGGUUAACAUUGUAUCCGAUUUUGGGAUCUUAGAAGUCGGGAAAUAUGAUUUUUCGGUUACAAGUGAAGAAUAUUUUCGAUUGUUGAGAAAAAAAACAACCGAUGCUUCCAUCUUGACUGCUUGGCAACUGUAA